CUUAUUAUCGAUUUUUCCUAUCUGGGAUUGGUAACAGGUGACCCAUUGAUUCACCCAACGUCAUUUUGAAUGGCUGCUGCUAGCAGCGGCGACCCAGGGGGGUCGUAUGGACGUAGACUUCCGACGUUCAUGGACCCAACAAACAAAUUCGGGGAACUAACUUUCCUGCAACUUAAGGGAAAAAAUGACAUACCGCUCCCAAGAAAUCCGUUCAUAAUCGGUAAAUCUGUGGAGAAUGCUGCAGGUGGACCAAUCGAGGAUGCAAACACCGAAGCACAAGGUACACGGUAUACUCUAAGAGUACGGGAUCCCAGUCAAGUAACAAAGCUACUGAAAAUGACACAACUGAUUGAUGGUACCGAAGUAGUAAUCGAAGCCCACCCAAAUUUGAAUGUUAGUCGAUGCGUCAUAACAUGCUAUGACCUAAUACAAAUGGAAGAAAAAGAUGUUCUAGCGGAGAUUCUCAGCCAGGGAGUAAUUCGAGUACAGCGAAUAACACGAAGUGAAGGUGGGAAUAGAGUAAAUACACCAGCAUUAAUUCUUACGUUCUGCAAGACAACGUACCCGAAACACAUAAAAAUCGGUCUGUUACAUAUAUCGACUCGCCCAUACUUUCCGAAUCCAAUGCUUUGCUAUAAUUGCUUCAACUUCGGCCAUACUCGUAUGCGAUGCCCAAGCCCAAAACGUUGCUUCAACUGUUCUGGUGAGCAGCAUGGAGAGGAAGAAUGUAAUGAAGCACAAUUUUGUCGAAACUGCAAAGGAGAUCAUCGCCCAUCGAACCGUCAAUGUCCGGUGUACAAGAAGGAAGUCGAAAUCAUUAAAAUAAAGGUUCGCGAAAACAUAACUUUCCCAGAAGCUAGAAAGAGAGCAGAACAACAGACUCAGGGAAGCUACGCACAGGCUACGGCACAGCAAACAAGGAUCGAAAAGAAACUGAAGGAAAUGGAACUAACUAUGAAACAAAAAGACGAACAAAUUGUAAAACUUUUAGAAGCAGCCAAACGCAAAGAGGAAAAAAUGGAACAAAUGAUGGCAUACAUCCAGCAACUUAAACAUCAAAUAGCCACGCAAGACAAAUCUUUUCACAGCAAAGAACAAAACAUAACGCCAACAAUAUUAGGACCAGUAACAAGAUCUAGGAAUAACUCUCCAGCCAUUCAAGAAACAAAACGCGGAAGACCACCAAAACAAAACAUGAACAUAACCAAAAAACCACAAACGUAUACAGAUAGCCAAAGUCCUCCCCCGAAGAAAACAGCUACUAUCACACUAGACACAAGCGAACCGAUGACGUAUUCGGAUGAAGAGAUUGAGAUAUCGGAGACGCCCCCUAGCCAGCUCAUUCGAUAG